AUGAAUUCCCGAUUUUUUCCCUGUGGCAGAGGUGGCUCGGCUGCUGCUGGAGCGCGGGGCGGCGCGGGACGACGCGGGCGGGCCGGGCUGCGAGGGGCUGACGCCGCUGCACGACGCGCUGGCCUCCGGCCGCUUCCCGGUGGCGCAGCUGCUGAUCCGCUCCGGAGCCUCCCUGAGCGCCAGGAACGCCCGGCCCUUCCUGAUCCUCCUCAGGAAUCCCAAAUCCCAAAAUCCCAAACCCCAAAUCCCGGGAUCGGGGCCCCUUCGAGUCCCCUCCGGAAGCGCCAGCGAAUUCCAGAGGCCGAAAAGCCGGAAAAAAAACGGGAUUUGGGAAAAUCGGGAAAAACCGGCUCGGAAAAUCCCAAAUUUGCGACAGAAAAUCCCAAAUUUCCACCUGAAAUUCCCAAACCCGCCUUGAUCCCGCUGGAAGAAUUCCUGGAGCAGGAAGAUUGGCUGGAGGACGAUUUGGGACCAUCCCGAAAAAAAGCCCGGAAGAAUCCUUGGGAAUUCCGGGAAUCUCGUCGGGAUCACCGAAUUCCCGAUCCAGGAACAUCCAGAGUUUCAUCUCGGGAAUCCCAAACUCCGGAGGAUUCCGGGAAGGAUCCCGAAGAUCAGCAGGAAUUUCCUGGGAUCGAUUCGGAUCCGCCCCAAGUUCCGGAAUCUUCCGGGGUUAUCCCAAAUUCCUCGGAAAUUCCGGAAUCUUCCGGGAAUUCUUCCCAAAUUCCCGUCCUGCGCAUCCGGAUCCGAAUCCAGGACGACGUUUUCCUCAUCCCGGUGGCGCCCAGGCGGGAGCGCAGCGUGGCGUGGCUGGCGGAGCGCGCGGCCGAGCGAUUCUCGAGCGCUUCCGGAACGUUCCCUCGGCUGAGGCUGCGCAAGGCCGGGGCUCUGCUGGCGCCGCACGACGCCGUCCUCGACCUGCUCAGCUCCGGAGACGAGGUGCAGGCAGAGAUCGAAGGUUGGGAUUUGCCGCCGCUUCCGGAGCGCUACCGGAGAGUCUGCGCCAGCCUGGGCCUGGCCCCUUUCCCACCUCUCCUAAAACUCCUGGAGCUUCAAUCCCAAAAUUCCAGGCUGGAAAUUCCGGGUGGGAUCAGGAUCCCUCCGGCUCAAAUUCCGGCGUUUUUGAGGUCGCUGAAGUUGCAGGAGCAGCUGCGGGAGCUGCGGCUCCGGAAUUUGGGAAUUGCGGAUUCGGGAAUUUCCGAGCUCGGGGUCACUUUGGUGACUCUGCCUCGCUUGGUUCGCUUGGAUUUGACGGGAACCGGGAUCGGAUCCGAUGGAAUUCGGAGCCUCUGCGCCGCUGGAGAGGCUUUGAAG